AUGGGGCCGCUUAUGAACAAAAAACAUCCGGAUUGUCUCAAAUCAAAAAAGACGCCUCAUGAGUGGAGUCGCUAUGUCCACGGUGCUUCUGCAGUCUUUGCUUGGCACAUAGCUCAGGGAGAAAAGGUCACGCUACUUUCACCUCCCCCCCCAGAGCGGUUUAAUCCGUCGGGUCUAUCCUACUACCAAGUCAUUGAAGAGCCUAUUAUUAAGGGCUUGUUUGGCCCCUCUGCUGUCGAUAAGAUGAUUAUAGCACAUCCCACUGUUAAGGAAAGUGAGGAAAAUUUAUAUGAGCUGUGGCCGAAUGACGAAGGUGACAAAUGGUUGCAAACAUUUGGAUCAAGGCGCCUUCAGACACACUGGAGGCACACUGGACUCAAAAUGGAGAAACUAAAAUCUCGGAUGUUGAAGUCUGUUCCGGAAGCUGCGGCAAAGGCCCAGCAGGAGGCUGCGAAGAAGCUUAAGGACAAGAAGGAAGCUGAGGCAAAGGUCAAGGAGAAAACUGAAGCAAAAGCCCAACAGGAAGCUGCAAAAAAGCUUAAGGGCAAGAACAAAGCGGAGGCAAAGGCUCAACAGGAGGCUGCGAAGAAGGUUAAGGACAAGAAGAAAGCGGAGGCAAAGGCUCAGCAGGAAGCUGCAAAAAAGCUUAAGGACAAGAACAAAGCGGAGGCAAAGGCUCAGCAGGAGGCUGCGAAGAAGCUUAAGGAAAAGAAGAAAGCGGAGGCAAAGGCUCAGCAGGAGGCUGCGAAGAAGGUCAAGGACAAGAAGAAAGCUGAGGCAAAGGUCAAGAAGAAAGCUAAGGCAAAGGCCCAGCAGGAGGCUACGAAUUCUUUUUAA